CAGCAACACACACAACAAGUAAAUACAAAAAUGCCAACAAGCAGAAGAACUUCCUUCAAACAAUGUCCCCUCAAUUAUGCCAAGGAGCGCCGCUGGGAGCCCGACUAUCUGAAGGUCAAGUGCACCGAGCUGGGCCUGGAAAACGAGUACAUGCUGUAUCAGAGACGUCAGCGGAUCAGCUACCUGAGGGUUUUCUACAUACUGCACAUCCUAGCCACCCUGUUUCACUGCACAAUGAUACUAGUCUUCUGCGCUCAUAACGGCCUAAUCGUUUUCGAUAUAGCCGUUUAUGUGAUAGCCACUGUCCUCAUUCUGAGCAUACUCAGCGUCAACUUCAACGAGGAGUAUGUGUCCAGUAACCCCUGGAUUCUGACAAUUACUUCAGUGCUAUCCGCCCUGAUUCUAGUAUUUGCGGAUGUCUUUCAGGGCACCUAUCAAUACUACAAAAACGACUGGAUGUUGGCCACCUCCUACGACACUUAUACGAUCCUGAUAAUCUACAUGUUCCUGCCCAUACCCUCGCUGCUGGGCGCCGUGCUGCUGGGAUCGGCGGUGUCCGUGCUGUUCAUCACGUACUUCAUGAAGGUCGUCGCCACGCGAUUCCAUUACUUCAGUAUGAGCGAAGUGGAUGCGUACAACCAGAUAAGUGUGGAUGUCAUACACUACUUUUGCUUCAACCUUCUGGGGGUCUUCUUUCGCAUCAUAAACGAGAUUGUAGUGCGCUCCUCCUUCCUUAAUCGCCACCAGUACAUAAUGGAGAAGAUCUGGCUGCGCAACGCCCGAAUCCAGGAGAAGAUGCUGCUGGACAGCAUUAUACCGCCGCAGAUAGCGAAGCCCAUUCAAGAGGACAUCAAGUCCAGACUGGCCAGAAAGGGCGACGCGGUGCGCCCGACGCGCGUCAUGGAGCAGAUCAUGGCCAUUCAGAUCCAUCCCGAGGUCACGGUCUUGUAUGCGGAUGUCGUCAACUAUACGCAUCUGACGACCACUGUGAACGUGGAGAAGUUGGUGAGGCUGCUGCACGACCUCUACGGAAGGUUCGAUAUGGCCGCCACCCAAUUCGAGGUUCAGCGAAUCAAGUUCUUGGGCGACUGCUACUACUGUGUGGCCGGCCUAAUGCGCCCGAAUCCGGACCACGCCAAGUGCUGUGUGAACCUGGGUCUGUCCAUGAUCUCACACAUUCAGGAAGUGCGGAUCCAAAACGAGGUGGACAUCGAUAUGCGCAUUGGAAUCCAUUCGGGUAGCGUGAUUGCUGGAGUCAUUGGCGAAGCUAAGCUGCAGUUCGACAUAUGGGGAACCGACGUGACCAUUGCCAAUCUUCUCGAGUCCACCGGUGCGCCAGGCUUCGUCCACAUCAGUGGCAGGACUUUGUCGCAAUUGGAUGCUGAUCAGUACACCAUAUUGCCCGGCACGGAGAGCGCUCUGGCCGAGCCCUUUCUGCGGGAAAAAAACAUCAGAACCUACUUGCUGACGGGUGAGGUAAAUAUGGAUCCCGACACUUACCGAUUGGACAGUUGGGGUUCCUUGUCCGUGUCGGCACUGGACAUCAGCGAGAGACCGGAAUUUCACACGCAUAUUGGGACCGACGAUUCGAUUAACGAUGAGCUGCGUGAAGAGUUUAAAAAUAUGCCGGUCAGUGGCGUUGAACUUUUCAAGUCUUGGUCAGCCUGUUUUGGACGUAAGACUCAACCGACUGCCGAUCCCUCCAUACAUAAGAUCUGUCUCCAUUUUAACGAUCCCCAUUUGGAAUGGAAGUACUUGAUGCAGUCGGACUACAUGUUUAAGUACAGCAUUCUGCUGGCCUGGUGCAGUGGCUGUAGCCUGAUCUACAUUCAGUUGAUUGAGAGCCUCGAUCCUUGCGAUAUAUGCAUUGUGAUAAACUUUUUUGCGUUCUUUUGUCUCACGACGCUGCUUCUGAUAGCCUGGUACAAGAAGAUUUGCUGGUGGAUGUACGGUCGCAGCGAUAAGAUCCUGUUUAACAAGUCGAACUGCAGGAUAUUCCGCCUCCAUGAUAAGAUCGUACGUCACCUGACGGUGCGGGUUUGUAUCUACGUCUUGAUCUUGGCAUCGUACUUCUCCCUCAUCGUUCUCAUAAUGGUCAACUGCAAUUGGGAGGAGUUCCAGAUGAACGACAUUGAGAGCAAACUGUAUCACUACGAGAUGGAUCUGAACAUGUGCUUCCAUCCCUGGGUGGUCACAAAUAUGGUGGCCCUGAUCAUUGGCGUCAGCUUCACAUUCGCCCGCAUACCGUUCAUGGUCAAGACAGUCAUCACUCUGUGCUUCACGAUCGUCUAUAUGGUGAUUAUAUUUUUCCAGUUCGAUUUCGUGUUCCAUCACAGCGCCACCAUUAAUCCAUGGUUUCCCUCGGAAAUCGCUCAUGGUAUGCGGAUCUUGAUAACCCUAUUUAUGAUGUACCUGAAAGAGCGACAUUCGGAGUUCAACAAUAAAAUCGGCUUCGAAUGGAGCGUUGAUCUAACGAAAAAGAAACAGGAUGCCGAUGAGACCAACCAAUCGAUUACAAUUGUUCUGAACAACAUACUUCCCGCUCAUGUCGUCAAAGUCUACAUUAGAAACCUGGCCAAGCACGAGCUCUACUAUGAGGAAUAUAAAAUGGUCUCCGUCAUGUUUGCCUCGUUAACGAACUUUGAAAUGGACCUGCGGCACUUGCGCAUCCUCAACGAGAUCAUCAGGGAGUUUGAUAGACUGUUGAUUCACUAUCAGGAGUACUACGUGGUUGAGAAAAUCAAGAUUGUGGGCUGCACUUAUAUGGCAGCUUGUGGAUUGGACGUGAACUAUGCCGACCGCGUCAACAACUGGCUGGCGAAGCGCGAUUCCCUUUUGGAGGAGGUGGAGCAGGCCCAACGCACACGCAAGUCUUCCACUAAGGAAAAUGUUGAGAGCCACGAGGAGGUGGUCUUUGUGAUGGCCACGUUUGCCUUGGACCUAAUGCGUACCCUCUGGACAGUCAAGAAAUCCUACGAAGAUCUUCGGUGGCAUUAUGAUCGCUCUUUGAUAGUCGGUGACAUGACCAUCGGCAUCUCCAGUGGCGAGGUGAUGGCCGGCGUUGUGGGCGCCUCUCACCCACACUACGACAUCUGGGGCAGUCCGGUCAACAUGGCCUCCCGCAUGUAUUCCACCGGCCGGAUCGGACACAUCCACGUGACCGAAGAGACAGCCCUUCUGUUGCGUGAAUUCGGCGUCGACUGCAUCUGUCGUGGGAUGACAUUCGUGAAAGGCGCUGGAAGGAUUCCCACGUACUUUGUGGCCAUUGAUGAUGAUUAUCACUUUGUGCCCGUGACCCAGUGGAGUCAAACAUCUGACCGACGGCGAUCGGUUACUGGACUUGGGUUACUUACCGACAGCUCUUCUUCCUACGAAGAUGAUUAA